AUGGACCCAACGAACCUGCUACCGCUGCUUGAGCAGCUGGACGACAAUGUUGAUGACUUAGAAGAGAUCCUGCAACCCCUUUUGGCCAGUUCCUUGGCCAAAAGCUCAAACAAAUUGCCCGUCAUGGACAAGGCCAAACUUCACGUGUUGAUCACCUACACGCUUGAGUCACUAAUAUUCUCUUAUCUACGACUUCACGGAGUUGAUGCCAAGCAGCAUCCUGUGUUCCGGGAAUUGACUCGUGUCAGGCAAUACUUUGCAAAGAUCAAGGACUUGGAGACCGAGCCCGAACAGCGCUCUAUGACACUCGACAAGGAAGCCGCUGGCAGAUUCAUUAAGCACGGUCUGUCUGGUAAUGAUAAGUACGACUUGGAACGGGCAGAAAAGCAAGCCAAGGAGAGAGCCCAGGCCGAAUUUAAGGCUGCUCAACUUGCCCGGAAGAACGCCGCAGCUGCGUCACAAUCCAAUGACCAAGUUGACAAAGAUGAAUCCGAGGAAAAGACAGACGAAGCAGCAGCAAAAUCCCAAAAGAAGAUCCACAAGAAAAAGAAGGAAGACAAACUAAUAAGCAAGGGCAAGAUAGAACGCAAGAGCAGCAAGGCAGACCGAUCUGAAGAGAAGAAGGAACGCAGACAGAAGAAGGAGGAGUUCCGGAAAGCUCGAAAGGCCCAAUGA